AAUAGACACAAAGGCGUGUUUAAUGCAAAAAUGCAGUUUUCUUUUACACCCUAUUUGAGUGGCUGUAGUAGCAUUUUAAAUUGUUGUUGUAUAUACAUCAGUGAAAUUAGUCAUUCCAAGAAACAUAUGCCUGAGAGAAUGAAAUAUGGCAAGCCUUUUAUUGCUUAAAAUCAAUAGCCUAGAAGUCAUCUUUUACAGUCACAAGACUUUUCCACUCGACUUUUACGAAGCUUAGUGUUAAAGGAAUAAAUGUACAUCCGGCUUGCCAUAUCGAAGCGCGUUGAGCAGGAGGUCGGAAGGGGUGUGGCCAGCGUCUAGUGAGUUUAUAAAUAAUUUAUAAAUAGACACACUGCUUCAAAUGUUGUGCCGCAUCCCGCGAUGAACAACCUUAGGAGGACCUGACCGAGGACAGGACAAGAGAACAGGCUGGUCGCACCUCUGGCAAGUUGAGAGCCGACUGGCGGACUCAGCAUGGAGAGGUGCUUGAGCGACCCACCGGAUGGAGGCUAUGGCUGGGUCGUGGUCACCUCGGCCUUCUUCAUCAUGGGCCUCACCGCUGCUGUUUUUAAAAACUUUGGUCUGUUUUUCCUUGAAAUCCAAAGUCACUAUGAUGUCCUUAACAGUACUACCUCAUGGGUGACCUCAACCACUAUUGCUGUGUUUCAUUUGGGAGCUCCUCUGGCCAGUGCUCUCAGUUUGCAUCUGUCCCAGCGCACGGUUAUCGUGGUCGGAGGGCUUCUGGCCACCUCAGGAAUGAUUAUCGCCUCUUUGGGCCUCAGCCUGCCUUGGAUGUAUCUGUCUAUUGGUGUACUCCAAGGACUUGGCGUCUCAUUUGCUUGGAUACCAGCUAACAGCAUGGUCAGCCAUUAUUUCAGUCGCUGGCGUCCCAUUGCCUAUGCGAUCGCUAGUUCUGGAGAGUGUGUCUUUGCCAUGGGAUUCAGCCCAUUGUUCCAGUGGCUUAUCGACAGCUAUUCUUGGCAGGGAACUCUACUCAUCAUCGGUGGUCUUCAGCUGAAUCUGUGUGUGUGUGGCGCUCUGAUGAAACCCCUCCCAGCUGCACAAACCUCUAUCCAAGACAAACCCGUGCUUAAAGAAAGCAGGACAUCAAAAAAAGGCACUUUCCAGUGGUCCCUUCUGCAGAGGCCUGAGCUGCUGCUAUAUAUUGUGUUUGCCAUCUUAGCGGCGGCGGGUUUCUUCAUCCCACCUCUGUUUCUGGUGCCCUAUGCCAGCAGUUUGGGCAUGGAGCAGUACUGGGCGGCCUCGAUUCUGUCAGUGCUGGCAUUGGCAGACCUGCUGGGCAGACUAGCUUGCGGGUGGCUGGCUAACCUGCGGCUCGUGAGAAACCUGCAGCUGCUGACCAUGGUGGUCACUGCACUGGGGGUGGUGCUGCUUCUGUUUCCCAUUGCACAGAGCUACUGGAGUAUCCUGGUCUUUGCCUCACUCUAUGGCUUCCUGUUCGGCUGCGUGGUGGCCAUCCAUGUGACGACUAUUGUGGAUAUUGUUGGACUGGAGGGCUUUGACAGCGCUCUAGGGCUCUUCAUGCUGUUACGGAGCUCUGGAGGAUUUGUGGGUCCACCUGCUGCAGGCUGGCUGGUGGACUGGACUCAUGACUUCAGCGCUAGUUUCUACUUAUCUGGCCUCUGCCUUGUCCUGUCUGGGGUUUUCGUGGUGCUUGUUGACAGGCUGGUGAAGAAGAAAAAACUCAAACUACCAGAUUCAUGCACUGAGACUACAUAUCAUCCUAUACUAAAAGUGGACGGGGCAGACGUUUAAAAGCCACAUAAGAUAAUAUUCCAGUGUUUUACUUUUGUUAUAUUAUGAACUUUUGUUUAUUUAAAGUCAUAUUAUUUUUAAUGUUUUUUCUUUAAAAAAAAGAAAUGGGCAUUUUGUUAUCUCAACCUCUCACCCUAUAACUUCCAGACAGAGAGAUGUUAGUUAAAGGGUUAGUUCACCCAAAAAUGAAAAUUAGCCUUUGUUUUACUCACCCUCGAGACAGAAUUUUUUCUUUCAAAUGAAUCCAAUCGGAGUUAUAUUAAAAAUUAUCCUGGCUAUUCCAAGCGUUGUCAUUGCAGUGGGUGUUUUUGUUCAACAGUCCACAAGACGUCAAAUAAAACGUGCGCAUCCAUAAUAAAACUUGCCUCACAUGGCUCCUGGGCAUGAAUAAAGGCCUUCUGUAUCGAAUCCAUGGGGUUUUUUUUAAGAAAAAAAAAAUCCAUAUUUCAAACGUAAUGAACUUUUCUCUCACUUCCAGAAUCUGUUGUAUGCGGAAGCGUUCUGGUGAAUGAUGUAGGACGUAUGUGCAGCACGUGCCUCUGAGAUAUGCUAGUCUCGCGAGUUUUC